GGAGGAGGAGGAGGAGGAGGAGGAGGAGGAGGGAGGAAACGAACAGUUAGUUAGCUACUGAUCCAGGUACGGAUGGAUGCCACGGCCUAGCAUUACACUGCUUGCCGUCGUGACACUGGCCCAGCACUUGUUUUGUUGCUCAACCAUGGGCGGCUGCUAUCUCCUACAUGAGCUCGUUGGAAAUGCUCCCCCAGACCCCAAACCGCCAUGCUUCAUGAUCGUUCCGUCGCAUUGCCACGCCCACUGUGUUGGUGAUCAACAUUACCGAUACCCUUCUCGAGAGUCCACGCCGGUUGGAGUCCUUUUUUGGGCAAAUUGAGCCAUGCUUCGCCCAUCUCACCUAUAGUGCUGUCUGUACCUUACUUGACGCCACCAAAGCAUCCGUACUACGUUCACUAUUCGCCGCUAUUCUCCGGUCCCAUGCCCACUUCUCCCUCCCCUGCACUUUUGACCCUCGUCUGUCUGCACUUUGACCCUCCUCUGCACAAGUGGAUCCGGAACCAACAGAGAGACCAUCCCUCAUCCAGAAGCUUGCAGGGAGUCCCGGACGAUGCCUGGGGGGUGUGGCCCAGCUCAGCACUAGGUAAUAUGUACUAUGUAUACGGGCGACGCAUCGUUGCAGUCGGCGGAGACGGGGGACGGCACUCUUUGGGGUAUGGG